GUGUGAAAUCUCACUAUAAUUCUCCAAGUCAAAUUUUAAGGGGAAAACCCUAAAUGCAUAAAUAAAGAUAAUUAUUUAUGCAUACUCUUUAUGCAAACAGACAUCCCUUUUCUCCAGUUCUGUUUUCGGUAAUUUUGAAGCAAUUUUUCGUUUCCCUCCACAGAUCUCUGGUAUUUCCUCGAUCGAAACCGUAAUUGGAGUAAAAUUUUCACUAUGCAUAUAUUUUCAUAGCCGAUUCGAAUUUGAUCGUGUCUUAUCUUCAAUUUGAUCUAGCGAUCGAUUUGGUGGUUCUGAUGGAAUUAGGUUUUUUUGUUUAUUCAAUUUUGAUUGAUGGAUGAUCGAUAAUGCCUCAACUGCGUAGCGGAGUACGCAGAGGGAGACCGUCAAAGCGACCGAUUGCUGCUGAGAGAACUGAACCGGAGGGAGUUGAAGAAGCGGUAAGAAAAACGGACAAGAGAGGGAGGAAAGUUAAUAACAAAACAGGACAGGUUAAUCGAGUCGAACAGAAGAACGGGAGGGGAAGGAAGAAAGCGGUGCAAGAACCGGUAGUGGUGUCUGAUGAAGAUAGCGAGGAGAAGAAUGCUGUAAGGACGACGCCAGAGGAAGAAGAGAAGGAGAGAAAACCAGAAUUGGCGGCUUCGGCGGCUGAGAUAAAGGAUAAGGAGAAGGAAGAGGAGGAAGCUGGGGAAAAGAAGAUGGAUGACAACGACAGCGUAGCCCCGAGCGGCGAUAAGGGUUUGGGUGCCGAAGACGAAGGCAGCACUGCUCCACUCCCAGAAAGGGUCCAGGUUGGUGGUUCCCCAUCAUAUAAGAUUGAGAAAAAACUUGGAAAAGGAGGAUUUGGGCAAGUAUAUGUUGGCCGCAGAAUUAAUGCACCAGUCCCUCAUGAAAGAACUGGUUCUGGAGCGGUAGAGGUUGCAUUGAAAUUUGAACACAGAAGCAGCAAAGGGUGUAACUACGGACCACCAUACGAGUGGCAAGUUUACAAUGUGCUUGGUGGAAGUCAUGGUGUGCCACGUGUUCAUUAUAAAGGCAGGCAAGGUGAUUACUACAUAAUGGUCAUGGAUAUGCUUGGACCUAGCUUAUGGGAUGUUUGGAAUAACAACUCGCACACGAUGUCGAUUGAAAUGGUUGCAUGCAUUGCCAUUGAAGCGAUCUCUAUAUUAGAGAAGAUGCAUUCCAGAGGGUAUGUACAUGGUGAUGUUAAACCUGAGAAUUUCUUGCUUGGUUCUCCAGGAACAUCGGAUGAGAAGAAAUUAUUUCUUGUUGAUCUUGGUUUAGCCACCAGGUGGCGAGAUAGUGCAAGUGGGUUGCAUGUUGAAUAUGAUCAAAGACCAGAUGUUUUUAGGGGGACUGUCCGCUAUGCAAGUGUACAUGCUCAUCUUGGAAGAACGGGAAGCCGACGGGAUGAUUUGGAGUCUCUUGCUUAUACACUUGUAUUUCUUCUUCGUGGUCGGCUGCCUUGGCAAGGAUUUCAGGGUGAAAAUAAAGGGUUCCUUGUGUGCAAGAAGAAGAUGGCAACUUCUCCAGAAACACUGUGUUGCUUCUGUCCUGCCCCAUUUCGGCAUUUUGUUGAACACGUUGUCAAUUUGAAGUUUGACGAGGAACCUAAUUAUGCAAAAUAUAUUUCACUUUUUGAUGGAAUUGUUGGUCCGAAUCCAGAUAUUAGGCCGAUCAACACUGAUGGUGCUCAAAAGCUUAUGUAUCAAGUUGGACACAAGAGAGGGAGAUUGAUGAUGGAGGAAGAAGAUUAUGAACAACCGAAGAAGAAGGUUCGCAUGGGAAUGCCUGCAACUCAGUGGAUAAGUGUUUAUAAUGCUCGUCGCCCGAUGAAGCAGAGAUAUCAUUAUAAUGUGGCAGAUGCAAGACUUCCUCAACAUAUUGAGAAAGGAAAUGAAGAUGGGUUAUUCAUCAGCUGUGUGGCUUCUUGCUCAAACCUAUGGGCUCUUAUUAUGGAUGCAGGGACUGGAUUCACAUCUCAAGUUUACCAACUCUCUCCUAUGUUUCUUCACAAGGAAUGGAUUAUGGAACAGUGGGAGAAGAAUUACUAUAUUAGUGCAAUAGCAGGUGCUAACAAUGGAAGCUCCUUGGUUGUAAUGUCGAAGGGUACCCAGUACAUUCAGCAGUCAUAUAAAGUGAGCGAAUCAUUUCCAUUCAAGUGGAUAAAUAAAAAAUGGAGAGAGGGGUUCCAUGUCACUGCUAUGGCAACCGCAGGAAGUAGAUGGGCGAUCGUUAUGUCUCGUGGUGCUGGAUUCGUUGAUCAGAUUGUGGAACUAGACUUCCUGUAUCCAAGUGAAGGUAUUCAUAGAAGAUGGGAUGCCGGUUAUAGGAUAACAUCAACUGCAGCUACAUGGGACCAAGCAGCUUUUGUUCUUAGUGUGCCAAGAAGACGACCUGCAGAUGAGACACAAGAAACACUGCGAACUUCUGCAUUUCCUAGCACACAUGUCAAGGAAAAGUGGGCAAAGAAUCUGUACAUUGCUUCUGUGUGUUAUGGUCGAACUGUUUCAUGAGUUCUCGUAGCAGCUCUUUUUCCUUUCUGGACUGUUAAUCACUUGAGCACUUUUCUCCAAUUGACCAUCUACUUCUUUUUUCAAGCAGAUGCCAUUUUCUAUUUGCCAAAUAGUUACGGUUGUGGUUGAUGUAUGAAGUAUAGUGGUAGUAUCAAUACUAACGUAAUUGUCUUGUUUUUCAAUUGUUUAGAUAUGCUUCUUAGUUGGUACAUUUUUUAUGGCAAAAACUUGUACAUGUCCUUUUGAACAAUAGCCAUAUCGUCCAAGGAUUGUGCACAUGCUC